AUGACCCCUUCCACCAAUCUCAUCUUUGACAAAAAGAAGAAGCUUAUCCUAUUGCUAGCAAGAGCAUUGUUAAAAUACGGAUGUCCUUGUCAUCGCAUGGAUGAUUCUUUGCAACUAAGCGCCAAAAUGUUGUCGUUGAACGCUACAUUUACGUUUUUAUCCGACAGCAUCUUAAUUUCAAUCUCAUCAAAAGAUACGGACGAACCUUAUACGAUGAUGGUCAAGGCAGCAAAUGGUUUUGACAACGGCAAAAUUGUUCGGGUGAAUCGGAUCAUGAAUCAGUUUCACAAAGAUAAAUGCACGCUUGAUACAUGCUUGGAAACACUGCAGGAAAUUACACGCGAUCCUCCCACCGUAUCUGCAUGGCAAAUGAUCGUGGCUUUUGGCGCCCUGGGGUUCUCGGCAUCGAUUAUCAUGUUUCAAGGAUCAUGGAUCGAUGGAGCCCUGAGUGCAGUCCUAGGCAGCAUUGUCGGUGCGUUGGCCGUAUUGGCUGGUAACAUUACAAUCUAUGGCCGCGUCUUUGAAGUUUCCGCCUGUAUCAUUGUGGGUUUUACAGCACGAGCGAUGAAUGAUUAUGCCUGCUUUACCAGUGUGGCCAUCCCUUCCAUCCUUGUUCUCUUGCCUGGAUAUGGCAUGACUAUGGCCAUGAUGGAACUUUCUUCGCAUCACAUACCGACGGGUACCAUACGAUUGGUGUAUGCGAUUAUUUACACAUUGAUGCUUGGUUACGGUUUACAAAUGGGCAGCAGUCUGUAUGGGUCCAUUAACAGCUCAGGAGCUGACGAUGGUCUGUGCAAUCGAUCGGUCAAUCCAUGGUUCUAUAUUCCACUGUUUCCGAUGAUGAGCAUAUCUAUCGGCGUAUCCUUUGGUUCCUCUCCCAAAGAAUGGCCCUCUCAGAUAUUCUGCGCUGCGUCAGGAUUCUGUGUCACUUACUUUCUGGGUAAAGUGGUGCCUGAUUCUCAGAUCGUGGGCAGUAUUGCCGCUUUUGCUACGGCACUUUAUGCCAACCUUGCUUUGAAAGUCACCGGCGAACCGCCAUUAUCUCCACUUUGUGUCGGUGUCACUUUUCUUGUGCCUGGAAGCAUAGGUGUUCGAGGCGUUUAUGCGUUGUUGCAUCAGGAAGAUUUAGCUCAGGCAAUUUUUGCUUUACGGAUGAUAAUGAUUGCCAUGGGAUUAUCUGUUGGUAUUUUUGCUGCUAGCAUGAUUAUAUACCCGUCCGGGAAGACCAAGUCUCUAUACAUUUCAUUUUAG